AUGAGGGCAGCUGGAAUAUACACCCGUAGCAAAGCCAAGCUCCUAGCUGUAGCUUGCUUGAGCCUCCAGGGAUACUGGAUCUCUGAGAAGCGUGAAGAUUAUACAGAACAUGACGACAUAAUGCCCUCGCUGGCCGUUGAAAAGGGCGCCAUGGCCUUCCUAGUUUCUUGGAAGGUCUGCUGUCAUACCAUAGUCGCACGCGGUACUAUUCUCGGAGGUUUCAAGAUGGCGGGAGAGGAAGAUUUCACGCUCCUCGGAAUCGCAUUCGUUAUUAUCGGGCUGCGGAUGUACGUUCGAUUUACACAGGUUAGGAUGGCCAACUGGCAGCUUGACGACUAUCUCAUGCCCCUGAUAGGUAUAAUAUUCGGGCUUGCCACAAUAACAACAUGGGUCGUAGUAGUCAAGCUACAAGGGCUGACAAACAGCCACAUGAGUAACGAACUACGUCAAACGCUUCAACACUCCACGACGGAAUACACGUACCGGGAAGCUGGCUCCAAGACGCAGGUCUUUCUUUGGUCCGUAUAUGUCUUUAUUCUCUGGGCGUUGAAGGUCUGCGUUACGGCGUUCUACUCGCGACUCACGUACGUACACAAGUUACCCCUUUUCCCUACCUCCGUAAGUUCAACAACUGAUGAAAAGCGCACCGCCAGCGCACGCUUGCCGGAACUACGGCUACGAGUCAACUUUGCCUACAUAAUGCUGGGCACUACGUACGUUGCAGUAGCGUUAACAAUCCUCCUGAGCUGUCGGCCGAUAUCGAAGUUUUGGCAAAUCAACCCCAACCCUGGGAAUACCUGUCAACCAGCCGUAUCCAAAGCAUACGCCUACGUGGUCAUCGUACCGAACGUUCUCACAGAUUUAUACCUCCUGUCUAUUCCACUACCUUUACUCUGGAAGGUAAACAUCAACUGGAAGCGAAAAGCGAUCCUGCUCUCUCUAUUCAGCGGCGCCGUCUUCUCCAUGAUCACCGGCAUAGUCCGCGCCUACAUCAUCUUACACGCCGGUCCCAACGUCGUCAUCGCAGGCAGCAUCUGGGCCUGCCGCGAGACCUUCGUCGCCGUCAUCGUAGCGAACCUCCCGCUUCUGCACCCGCUGUUCCGGCGGUGGGCGCAGAAGCUCGGGCUGAGCAACAGCAGCAGCAGCAGCAGCAGGUCGCUUAACGACAGCCGUAAGCAUGGCAGCCAGCCGCUGACGACGUUUAAGCCUGGCCGUCGGCGGUGGAAUCCGUUGAACCGUACCCCGUCCCACCCCGCAACCCCACUCCCCGCCUACGGCAUCCUCGUCGACGAAGAGAUCCACAUCACGACGGAGCCCGCGGCGCCGCCCGCGGUGCUGAGGGCCGAAAGAGCGGGCGGUGGCUUGGUGGGGCGUGCGGGUGGCCGCGAGUGCGAGUGGGAUGUUGUCAACGGGCCGUCGGCUGUGCUGGCAAGGACGGUGAUGAUUGGGACGGUUGCGAGGAUGCAUUUGCAUUGA